AUGAGAUAGUAUGCAACAAAUAGGAAGAUAGUAGACGAAAAUACAUUAGCAUACAUCCCGAAGGAUACUUAUCUUUAUCCUGCUAAAAAUCUUGUAUAGCAAUUAGAGAUAUUAAUUAUCAGCUAUCCUGGAAUAUUAAUCAUACAAAAUUAAGCGGCGAUUUCUGAAAUUUCCUCUGAUAUUCCAAUUGCUUCGUAUAUUGGCUCCAAAAAGAAAAUUGGAAUCAUGAGUGGAAUGAAUAUCAUUAUAUUAAGAAUAAUCUGCCUAUUUAAAUACAGAGAGCACAGUCUUAAAUCAUUUUAUCCAUAGGCUUGGGAGAUCAUAGUACUUAGAUAUUAAUUAAAUGUAUAGCCAGUUGAAUAGAGAACAAGACUUGUAGUCAUGCUAGCAAGACCAUAAGAGGCUAAAUUAACACUUGAAUUAGUCGGAUGCUAGCCAAGAAGGACAGAGUUCCAAAGAUUGUAAAUCAUAAAAAACACUGUCCCAAUCAUAGGCUGA